AUGACGGACGAAACGACUAUUGAAGGGGCAUCAUAUUCGGAACAGCUUUUAGAGUGUGCAAGACGAAACAACACGGAAUUGUUAUUAACUAUUAAAGUUGAAUUGAAUAAUGACCAAGAGAAAUUAUCAAAUUUGAUUAAUUCGACUCGUGAAUUAAUCACUAAUAACACGUCGUUGCAUUUAGCGUGCCAGUUUGGUAAUUGGGAAUUCAUAGACAUAGUUUUAGAUAUAGAGGGAGUUGAAAUAGACCCAAAGAAUAGAGAAGGUGACACCCCGUUACAUUUGGCAGUUAAGUACACGAUUAAUGAACCAGAACACGGUUAUUUCAUUAUCGAUAAUCUCUUGGAUGCCGGGUCUGAUCCAAGAAUUAGCGAUAAACACAACUUGAAACCUAUUGAUUACGUUAACAAAGAUAAUGAAAAACUCAGAGAAUUGUUGGAAAGUGCUGAAUAUGCACUUUCAAUGGAAUUUACCGAAGAAGAACAGCUAGAAGCAUACGAAGCGGAUCAAAAUGGCGGCGAAGAGGACGAAGGGUCAGCUUCUGAUUCAGACUAA